AUGGAGCCUCCAAGAACUGGCAGCAAUGGCGACACCCUGGUUUCAGCCAUCGAAAAGGCAGCGACCAAGGCGUUCCAGCCUACAGCUGACCCGGUGUCACGAUCGGAAGGGCAACAUGAAUUUGGUGCUCUUAUCUCAAGGACAGGUACUUCGGCUCUGAUAACUACGUUGAACGUCCUUAUGAAGCCGGAUCGGGUCCCGGGAUGGCUUCGAAUCCACCUGAUGGAUGUCCUCACCCUGCUCCCUCAGCGCCCAGAUGGCAUCCGGGCCACGCUUGAGUUCGUGUUCUCUGUGCACCCAUCGAGCACUUUGAGAGCGUCUGAGGCUGCAACCACUCAAAAACAGGGUGCGAACAUCACGAUGGAAGCCCUGAAGAUGGCCUCGAUCCUACUGUCUGUACCACCUGCUUCCGUGAGCCCCGCGGACUGGUUCCCUGGUAUUGCGCCACAGCUGUUGCGUCUGUUGGAUGGGAACGAUGGUGCAGACCUUGUCAAAGUUGCUUCCUAUGUGAUAGGCUUUGGCAUACUAGGAAGGAAACAGUUUGGUGCACCUGGGACACCCGGCUGGAAAGCAUUCGCCGAAACCAUGCUGGCGGGUAUUGACCCAUCGUUGUCCACUGAGGCAUCUACUACCGAGCCUUUGGUCUUCAGUGCCGGCCCGGAUGAGGUGGUUGACCUCCGGAAGCAGGCUGUCCUCGUUAAAGAAGACGACUUGCAUGCUGCAUUAACACGCCUUGCUGCGCUGCUAAACUCUCAUCCCAAUCCAGGUUUGACCAAGAGACUACUCGCCCCAUUGAUGCUACCGUUGUGGGCACUGUCAUCGUGGACUUCUAAGGAUGAGGGUCUCAAACAACGAUACUCUCGUCCCGCUCAAAUCCUUCUAGAAAUCUUCCUGAAGCUUGCUGGAUCUCCUGAGAAAUUCCAGGAGCUCUUAGAAAACCUCCUCUUCAACGGUGCUGUCGGUUCUUCCAAGAUCCAAUGGGCCUAUGAACUAGUUGGGGAGUCUGGUCUUCAGGUCAAACGCGUAUGGGACAGCACAGAUGCAGGCAAUGCAGAGCUGGACCUGCCAGCCAUCGAGUCCAAGACGGAUGCCUUUGUAGACCUUCUGCGCCGGCUAGGUUCUGAUUUGGACAUAUCGACAUUAUUCUUGGACCUCUUUCAGAGCUCGUUAGCCCCUCAAGGAGACGCAGACAAGAUCAAGAUCGUCGAUGAUGAUGGCCACGAUGCAGACCCAGUAGCGCAGCUGAUCAAAGCGCGAGUACUUCAACAGAUGAUAGAAACCCUACCUGAUCGAUUGAUCUCGGAUUCGAAGCACCUACUAGAACUUGUGAGCAAGAUACUGGGCGAGUUAAAAGAGUCAUCACUUGGUGACGAUGCCACCGCUAUCGCUCUAAGUCUGCUAAACAUAGUCGUCACAACACCAAACUUCCAGAGGUCAGACGCCGAUGCGAGUGUCCUGACCUCUAUAGAAUCGUCUCUCGAUAAGAUCAGCAAGGCGGAGAACCCCGAAACCUCCCAAACUGCUCAUAACCUGUCUCUACUCCUGAAGUAUCGAGACGCUAUGGAUGACCCAGCAGACCGCCCAAUUACACCGAGUGCGCGCCAAGUGGAGGAUCGCAAGACCUACCAACUGGCCAUAUCCUACAUCACACAAGCAGACUCGCCGCCGCCUGUGCGCUCCGAGGGCCUCAACCUCCUCGCAACGCUCAUCAAGGCCAACAGCGCCAUCCUCGACAUUCCGGCCACGCUGGUCCUGCUCUCAUCCCUCCUCAACGAGGACGACGACUACAUCAACCUGCGCGUCAUGCAGACCCUGACACUCAUGGCCACCAGACACCCCAAAUCCACAACCAAAGAGAUCCUCGAGCACUACGUCGAUGCCGACGAGCACGAAAAGACGGACACGCGCCUCCGCUUCGGCGAGGCCCUCCUGCAAGUAAUCCAGCGCCUCGGCGAGACCUUCGCCGGCAAAACCGCCACCCAAGUCGGCGAAGCCCUCCUCGCCGUCGCCAGCCGACGCGGCCACCGGCCCAAGACCGAAGUCAAGCAGGAGCGCGCCGCGCGCCUCGAAGCACACAAACACAACGCCGCCAAAGCAGCCUGGGACGACGCCCUGCCCGACCUAAGCGAGGAUCUCGCGGACGAGCUCCCCAACGAGCACGACCGCGCGCGCAACGAGAUCCUGGCGCAGAUCGUCAGCGGCUGGGAGAGCAAGCGCGGCAGCGUGGACGUGCGCGUGCGCGCCUCGGCGCUCUCCCUCUUCGCCGCCGGCAUCGACACCAACGUGGCCGGCUACGGCGCCACGCUCGUCGAGGGCGCCGUGGACCUGUGCGUCGGGAUCCUGACGCUAGAAACGGGGCCCGAGACGGCCAUCCUGCGGCGCGCUGCUAUACUACUAAUCCUCGCGUUCGUGCGCGCGCUCGCGUCGGCGCGGGAGCAGGGGCGAAGCCUGGGGUUUGGGUUGCUGGAGGGGAGUCGCGUCGAGAUUGUUAGGGUGCUGGAGUACGUGGCGCAGACGGACGGCGAUGGGCUGGUGCAGGAGCAUGCGCGGGAUGUGGUCGAGAGUCUGGAGAAUUGGCGGUUGAUGGAGGUCUUGCCGACGGCGGCGGAGCGUGGUGGUCUGGGUGAGGGACCUGCGUUGACGAGGCUCGCGGGCUUGGAUAUUGGGAUCGGUAGCAGGCCGAGCCUGCCGGCGUUGGCGACACCUGGGCAGGAACAAGCUCGGCCUAGGAUUGAGGAGAUUGAAUAG